AAAAUUUUCCUUGCAUCUUCCGAGCAUCCGUAGAAAUAGAGGGUCUAGCACAUUAGAAAUUUCAUUGCGCACUGUCCAAGUGACGACAUUUGGCGUGGCUCUCUAAGUUCUGGCCGUCAUCUUUUUUCUUUGACUCCUCCAGGCUGGACCUUUCACAGGCCAGCGAAAUUAUACGCCGGUCCAUCUCAAAUUAGUCCGACAGACGAUUUCCCCUUAUCGCACCACCUACAUUCAACUUUUUGCUUGGCAGUCAUUCACUACAGUGCUUCAGCCAGCCCCUUCGGCCAGUUAAUCCAAUCACCCUUUUUAAAGCCCCACGUUCCCGAGACCACACUUUCUGCAAGCAACGUGGAAAUUCCCUUCGCGCGAGUGUUAUUUCUUAUCCACAAAACAUUCAAAGCACGACAUUUCUCAAAGCUCUUCGUUUAUCAAAGACGAAAAUAAUGGCUUCCCCAAAACCGUCCCCACGCCCUUCGUUGGAGUCCCGUCCCAUGUCUCACGGUCGAGGCGGUGCAGGAAAUAUGGGAACUGACACAGGCGAUCGGAUUAGCGCCGAGGACCUGGUCACCCCUACCAUCAAAUCGGAUAUGUACACCACUGGCAGAGGGGGCACGGGCAAUAUGGCAAAAAAUGAGAAUCCACAAGUAGCCAGAGAGUCUCAGGACGUCGAGGAACCUCCGCGCCCGCAAAGCCGAGGGGAGAUGCAUGUUGGUCGUGGUGGUGCGGCUAAUGUCGUCCGCGAAAGCGACGAAAUUAAAGCAGCGGCAAAGGAGGAGGCCAAAGUGGAAGCCAAGAGGGAGGAACAGCAAGCCAAAGCUGUCGCCGCUCAAACACCCGCCACCAACGGCACGCAAGCUCCCGGCGACGAGGACAAGAAGAAGAAUAAGCACGAGUUUCGGGGAUGGGCCGACAAAGGAAAGGAUUUCCUGUUUGGAAAGUUUCUUAAGAACAAGGCCUAGAGCUGGAAAGCCGUUGACCCUUUUUGCCCCUGAUAUUCGAUACCCCGGUGUACACAAGGAUUGUUCACUUUUCCUGUCAUCUUUUUUUCUAAACAAUACUUUUCUCUUCCCAAGACUCAUAACAGCUAUGUUAUCUGACUUGCUGUCAUAGCGCAUAUCGCUGGUUGACACUGUAUUUUCUUUUACGGAUAUUAGAAGAAAUUCUUCCAUAAUUUUUAGUGGCCA